AUGAGCACAACCCUUCGACAUCGACGCAAGGCCGCGAGCGGGGAACACGACGAAGGAGCCGAAACAGAGCCUCUUUUACUAGAAGAGCAGGACGAUCAGCUGGACCAAGAAGGAGAUGCCAAUGAAGAUGAAGAUGACCACAAUGACGGGUACUCUCUGACUCCACUGAUCCAACGGUCCCUGAUUGGUCGUCUGGAUGUGGGUCCUUUCCUGGUGGUCUAUGCUGUUUUGAUAUAUGUGGACUGCCAACAGCAGCAACAAUUUGAACAAGAAGAAGAACCACCGAAUAUUUUAUUGCAGCCCAUUACCUGGGUGUUUCUUUCGAUACUGCUGUGCCAUUUGGCCGUGGUGCUGAUGCAACAGUGGAGUGUCUCGGCGCGAUGUCUGGUCGGAUACACCAAGGCAAGUCAAGCCGUCAGCAGCAACAAGCCACAAGACAAAGAGGCCGUCAUCACAAAAUGGACGCAUUGUCUCGUCGAGGAAACCACUGGACAAUCUACUCAGUCGUCACAACAACAACAACAACAGCAGCAGAGUAAAAGUGGUGAUUCGUCGGCAAGUUCUGGCAUUGCCACUGUGGAAAUCAAACCAAUACCCACACAGCAACAACACAAAGUCGCAGUAGUCAACUUUCAUGACAUUUCCUUUCGAUGUCCCACGUCAGCCGUAGACCUGGACGCUCUGUUAUGGACAACCACCAAAGCAAACAGCACCAGCAGCAAAAAUGACCAGAAAAUCAAGAAACUUGCCUUUCAUAGAGUACGAUUUCCCGUCAAUUUGACACUCUCCUUCUACAAACAAUGGAAGGGACACCAAACAGUCGAAUCGGUAUUCCAAUCUCAUCAUCUAUACGGACCAAAUGCCACAUUUCUACAAUUGCCGACUUUUCCAGAACUACUGGGAGAUCAAGUGGUGGCACCCUUCUUUCUUUUCCAGGUAUUUUGUGUCGCGCUGUGGAGCAUGGAUGAAUAUUGGUACUACGCCAUUUUCACCCUAUUGGCCCUCCUCUCCUUUGAAAGUACUGUCGCAUACAAUCGAUUGCAGAGUUUGCAACGAUUGCGAAAUGCCAGUCGCCACAACAGCCACAAACUAUGGGUGUAUCGAAAGGGUUUCACGGCCAAGAACAAAAAUGCGACAUCUCCGUGGAUGAAGCUGACGGCUCAUGAAUUGCUUCCAGGAGAUGUAGUCAGUCUUUCCUCAGAGGUAGAGCAGCAAUCCUGGGCGGCACAACAACAAGAGUCGGUACCUGCCGAUUUGCUCUUGUUAAAAGGCAAUGCCGUUGUCGACGAAGCACUUCUCACAGGAGAAUCCAUUCCACAAAUCAAAGUGCCCUUUGACGAUUCCGACCACAAUAACAACGACGAACCAAGUAGACUCGAUACACAAGCCAACAAACAAUCCAUUCUCUUUGGUGGGACCGUUUUGUUGACAGCUACAACAGAUGAGGAAAAUGGAAUAUCCAACAAAGAGGAAGACAUUCCUGCGGCACCCAACAGUGGCGUGGUGGGGUUGGUAUUGCGAACAGGCUUUGAAACAGCGCAGGGAAGCCUGUUGAGAACUAUUGCCCACUCCUCCAAUUCUGUCGACAAUGUGCAUUCCAGUGAUACGUUCGUCUUUAUCUUUCUGCUGCUCUGCUGUGCCGUCGCCAGUGCCAGUCUUGUGCUGCAAGAUGGAUGGGGCGAUGAGACGAGAAAUCGAUUCCGGCUCACACUGCAUGUCGUUAUCAUCAUGACCAGCGUCAUACCGCCGGAAUUGCCCAUGGAACUUAGUUUGGCAGUUACAAACAGUGUCACGGAUCUUAUGAGACGAUGUCAAGUAUACUGUACCGAACACUACCGUAUCCCCUGGGCUGGUCUCGUCGACGUUUGCUGUUUUGACAAAACUGGUACUUUGACUAGUGACCGAAUGCGUCUCAAGGGGGUUCGAUUGUUUGAACCAGACGGCUUGGAGCACUUGAACGAGGAAAAGGCGCUCGUGAAACCAGGCGAAGAUGACUUGCCAUGGGAAACCGUUCGAGUCAUGGCGGCCUGUCACUCAUUGGCGAUACGUCUGGCCCGGACCAAAGCAGGAGUCACGUCGCAACUCAUUGGGGAUCCAUUGGAACAAGCCGUGUUGAAGGACACUGGAUAUCAGCUCGUGGGAAGCAACAUACUGAUUCCGACCCAACCUCUUGAGGGACGUCCGAAAUCGAUUACGAUCCUUCAUCGCUUUGCAUUUUCUUCUCAGCUAAAGCGCAUGACUGUUUUGGUGACCCAGGAAUACUCUGCCGCCGAUGCUGCAUAUUCUGGAAAGGAAAACAAUAUUUGGGCACUGACCAAGGGUGCACCAGAAACUAUCUUGGGGUUGCUUUCACCAGAAUCUGUUCCUUCCGACUACGAGGACGUGUACACUCAUCAUAUGAGUCGGGGUCGACGAGUCCUCGCCAUGGGGUAUCGGUCGUUGGGAACAGAGCGCUCCUUCAAGGCUCUCAAAGAUGAAGGCCGGGAAAGACUCGAAAGGGGCUUGACUUUUGCUGGAUUUCUUGUGCUGGACUGCCCGCUCAAACCAGAUUCUAAAGCAGUGAUAUCAGAAAUCAAGAAUAGCGAUCAUCGAGUGGUUAUGAUUACAGGAGACGCCGUACUCACGGCUGCAGAGGUAGCAAGACAAGUUGAUAUCAUCCAUGCGACAAAGGUCGAUGAAGCACACGAAACAUAUUGGUUGCAGCCCAAUCCUGACGAGGAUGGUACCUCGAGCAAAAAUUCGCUUUCAAGCUUCGGUUUUGUACCGCUAAUGUCAAAGCAGCGGGGCAAGGCCGAUUCUUCGUUCUGUCCAUUCUUUGAGAGCGCGGGUAGGAAGAACCUGCAAAAGAUGCUCGAGGCCAAAUCUGCGUCCUUCUGCCUGACUGGCGACAUGCUAGUAAAGGUUGCCAAUGUGGCUGUCAACGGGGAGGUCAGUGGCAACGACAAUGUCGCGUCCUUAUCACGCAUGAGCGAGAAGAGCAUUCUAUUGCAUCCCAAAGCACAGCAGGUCUUGAAAGAACUUGUCCAGGUUGUGUCUGUCUUUGCGAGGCACGCUCCACACCAAAAGGAGGCAGUAGUUGCUGCCUUCAACCUUUCGGGUCACUAUACUCUGUAUUGCGGCGACGGUACAAACGACACUCCCUCCUUGAAACGGGCACAUGUGGGAAUUUCGAUCAUCAGUGCCCCCGGUGCCGAAUCAAAGCAACGACAAGCCAAUGCAUCAAUUAGUCGCCUGAAAGCAGAAAGCAAGAAAGAAAAGAAGGCGCAAAAGAAAGGAAAGAAAACCAAGGGAAAUGCAGGACGGGCUCGGUCGAUGGAGGAAUCGCUGCGAUUGCUUCGAGAGGCACAAGAAGAGAUCGACCAAGUCGAAUUGGGGGAUGCCUCCAUUGCAAGUCCCUUCACAUCAAAGCAAGUGUCGAUUGUUUGCUGCAAGAACGUGCUACAACAGGGACGGUGCACUCUGGUGACAAUGCUCCAAAUCUACAAAAUCUUGGGUAUCAACUGCCUUGUGAAUGCGAUGGUACUCUCUAUGCUGUCCCUGCGCGGCGUGAAACAGGGAGAUCGGCAGCUCACCGUUCUCGGGACAGUGGUUGCGGCCCUGUUCUUCUUCGUCACCAGAGCCAAACCGCUGGAGACCCUUUCAGCAAAGCGACCGUCUUCAUCUGUUCUCUGUGCGCACGCUCUCUUGUCUAUUGCACUUCAAUUCUGUGUGCACUUCAUUGCCAUCAUUGUGGCUUGUUCAGCGGCGCUGGCUUUUGUCGAUCCCUACGACCCAAGCAUUGUAGCGGAUGGCCCUUUCAAUCCCAACGUGCUCAACACUUGCACUUUUAUGCUGACAGUGCUAGCUACCAUCAACACUUUUGCUGUGAACUACAGAGGCAGACCAUUUACAGAGAACUUGCAAGAAAACAAGCUCUUGAUGAGAAGCUUAUUGGCAUGCUACAUCUCUCUACUGCUGUGUUCAUUCGAAGCGUUCCCACCUCUGAAUGACUUGCUGCAGCUUUCUUCAUUCCCAGACACUACCGUUGAAAGAGACUUUGAGUCCAAAGAGGCUGAUUUCAUGUUGGCCAUGAUGAACGAACCGUUGUUAGGUGUUUUGCAGAUGGUCGAGUUCCCAACCUUCAUGUGCAUUCUGAUGGUGGCAGACACCGCCCUGAGUUUCCUGGUUGAAAAGACCAUCAUUAGGGUUUUCAAAUGCUGA